AUGCUGUCCAAUGCCGACCUAGAGCAUCUCCUAGAAAGCGAUGGAGAUGGAUUGGAGGCUCCUGGCUCCAAGCAGGAGGAAGCCAGCAAGGACGCGGAUGCAGAGGAGUCCAGGUGCAAGGAGGAGGCCGCCAGCGAGGUGGUCCUCUGCGAUGGGGCCGUGAGGAACACGCUGCGCAGAAGGGCGGCGGCUCAGGGCUCCCGCAUAGGCGAUGGCUGCAUCAUUGCCUAUCGCACAGCUGAGGGGCAGCCUCUGAGCGAGGUCGAGGUUGGUGCCGCUGCGUUGCCAUGGGCGCUGGAAAUCACUGCCCGAAGAGUGCAAGUCGGCGAUGUGGUGGACGUCGUGGGCAUCGGGGAGCAUGCCCUUGCGGAUGAGGAGAGUGCCCCUUCCGAAGGUAGCGACCUGGAGCGCCGUUGGAGAUUCGAGAUCGCAACCGUGCGGGGCAAUCAGCACGACAAGUUCCGCAUGUCGGUGGACGAGCGGAUUGACAUGGCAAGUCGGUUGCGUGAGCGCGGCAAUGCGAUGCUGAAGAGAGGACGCCUGCAGCGAGCGGCGGACUACUACGAGAGGGGAUCCUCGCUGAUGGAUGUUAUCGAAGCCGAAGACAUGGGAGGCAUGGGUGGAAUGGAUGGAAUGGGUGGCAUGGACGGAAUGGGCGGAAUGGGCAACAUGGCGGGCAAGGGAGGCGGCAAGAAGGACGAAAAGGCGGUCGCCAACAACAAGAGGAUUCGCGAGUGCCAAAAGCCGAUCCUUCUGAAUUGGGCACUGGUCCUCAUGAAGAGGAGCUGCUGGCAGGAAGCGGAGCGGAAGUGUGCUGAAGUGAUCCUGGAUAUCGACGGCUGCUGCGUCAAGGCGCUGUUUCGACGGGGACAGUGCCAAGUGCAGCUGGGAAACCUGGAAGAGGCAAAGAAGGACCUCUUAAAAGCGCGAGAUCUCGACGAUUCCAUCGCGUCGGACGUGGAGAAGGAGUUGGCAAAGCUAAAGCGUCAGCAGAAGGUUCUGGACCGUCGGGAUCGUGGCUGGGCACAGAAGGCAUUGGAGCAAGGUCUUGCAGAUGCGCGAUCUGCAGCGAGCACUGGCCGUGAAAAGCCUGAGGAGAACACGGACGACGGCAUCGAGUGUAGUGUCAAGGACUCUGCACCUGUUGUUCAUCAAUGUGUUUUCCUACUCUUGCGUUGCAGUCGCCGCAGCAGGGCUCAAUUCUGA